UGGUCUCCUCCGUUCCGCAUUUGCGUUCCGUAUGGAAUUCGCGGAGUUGAUGUUGUGGUCCAACGAUUUCGCGAGGAAGAAUCGCUGCUGAACGACGUGCCGGUCGGGACAUCGAGUUUGCGUUAGUUGAUCGACGGCAGCAAUCAUUCCGGAAGAAUGGGUUCGAAGAUCGAGUACGUCGAGUCAUCGCACAUGUACGCGACUAAUUACAUCCGCAAUUCCAAAGCGAUUGGCGUCCUGUGGGGUAUCUUCACCAUAUGUUACGCCAUCAUCGGCGUCGUCGCAUUCGUCACUCCGGAAUGGCUUGGCGACCUGGAACACGAGAAUCCCGGAAGAUUUGGUCUGUGGACCAGGUGCAGCUAUGGCGGCAAUGGUGAACUGGGCGAGGAAUGUAUCGGCCGUUUGGACGAUCUGUCGACCAUCGCCAACGUUCCCUUCCGCGCCAGCACGAUUCUAGUCGGCGUCGCGGUGAUAAUCGCGCUUCUGGCGAUCUGCGCGAUGCUCAUGUUCUUCUUCUGCCAGAGUACCACUGUGUUCUACAUAUGCGCCUGGAUGCAGGUGGUAUCAGCUAUUUGCAUGGCGGUCGGAGUCUGCAUUUAUCCUCUCGGCUGGGACUCGCCGGCAAUCCGCGCUGUAUGCGGCGCAGCUGCAUCCAGGUACAAUCCUGGCGCUUGCGCUGUAAGAUGGGCAAUACCGCUUGCUGCAAUUGCAGCUUUGGAUGCAGCAACCUUGUCUGCUCUUGCCUUCAUUUUAGCUUCUAGACAUGUGAGGCUACAACCGGAACCUUUCAACAACGGAUCUUUGUACAAAGGUGAAGUAAAUCCCGGCUAUGUUAACGAAGCUCAGAGCGUGGCUGGCUCCCGCAAGUCUUUAUCCUUGAGACCGGUUCUCCUGGUAGCUCCGCCUGACCAAGAUCGUUACAGCGAACUCUCCAGAGCGAAGUCGCACUCGCAUCACAGUCUGUACACACCAGCACCAUCGCAUCCGGUGCAUACCAUGUCUACGAAUACUCUCAAUCAUUCGCAGCACAACUUUCAGCUUUGAAAUGGUUUGAUUGUGCGAAAUUAAAUGGGCCUGUAUAUAGCCAUAAGAAGAAAUUGUACAUAAAAUGAAACAACGAUAAUAUGAAACGAUAAUAUGAAUUGAUGGAAUUUGAGCUACUUAAGCGCAAUUGCUUAGAUUAAGUUUUUGCUAAAUAUCAAAUUUCAUCAAGAGGAUAAAUUUUUUAAAAACAAAAUCAUAUAUAAAACAAAUGUGAUCAACGAGUUGUUUCAUUCAGCGACUAAAUGUUCAUUUUUGUGCCGUGAAAAUUUCCAUAUCUACAUGUAGAUGUAGGUACUUUUAGUAUAUCUUAACGAUAUGUGCCGAAAAGAACUGUCUUUCUUAGACUAUUGAUCUUUUUACAUAUAUAUAAUUAUUACAAAGUUAAUAAAGUUUACAUAAGGAAAUCUAUUAAAUUAGAUGAAACGUUAUUUAAUUAUAUUAAUUUGUGAAAUAAUCCUUUUUAUUAAGGAAAAAACAGAACUUGUUUAUGUAUUAACAUAUAUUAUGUAUAUGUAAUUAGAGAGAUUAAUCAAGUAAUUUCAUAAUUUUGAAUAUAUUAAGUUAUCUAAGUUGCGCAAUAUAUAUUAAAUGAUAAUAUUAAAAAAGUUUUUAUAGAUGCUGUAAUCCGUGCCGUAUUGUCGGAAAUAUAUCACUUUCGUUAUAUAAUUAUUUAAACAAUUACUCAAUGACGUGCCUUGGUACUGUAGUGUCGAGAAUAAUAUUUGUAAAUUAAACUUUUUAUCAUAAAAUUACUAUCCUGUGAAUACUUUACAUAACUAUAGAACACUUGUGCCACUCUGUAACUUGUAAUUAUUUUGACGAAGUAGUAUAUAGAGAAGCAUAAUUUGUAUGUAAAUAGAUUCUCCUCUUCGGAAUGCAGUUUCGUUAAUACUCAAUAAAAAUUAAUGAUUAUUC